AGAUCUAAUCCUGACUCUGAGCAGAGUUCUUGCUUCAACAGUGUUUGAACGGAACCCUCUCUGAGUCCUUUGCUCUUUCCCCCCCCCCCCCAACAUCUUCUAAUUAUUGCUGAUUUUUUUGCGCCACCCAAAACCGCCGAAAUGGAAUCCCAGGUGCGCCAGAACUUCCACCGCGACUGCGAGGCUGCUGUUAAUCGUAUGUUGAACUUGGAGCUCUAUGCUUCCUACACCUACUCCUCCUUGUAUGCCUUUUUCGAUCGUGAUGAUGUCGCCCUUAACAAUGUGGCCGAGUUCUUCAAGGAGCACAGUCAUGAGGAAAGGGAGCAUGCCGAGAAGUUCAUGAAAUAUCAAAACAAGCGUGGGGGACGCGUUGUCCUGCAGGACAUCAAGAAACCAGAGCGUGAUGAAUGGGGUAACACCCUGGAGGCCAUGCAGGCUGCUCUGCAGCUGGAGAAGACUGUGAACCAGGCUCUUCUGGACCUGCACAAGCUGGCCACAGACAAAGUUGACCCCCAUCUGUGUGAUUUCCUGGAAUCUGAAUAUCUGGAGGAACAGGUGAAGGAUAUGAAACGUUUUGGCGAUUUCAUCACCAACCUGAAACGCCUUGGGGUGCCUCAGAACGGCAUGGGCGAGUACCUGUUUGACAAGCAUAGCGUGAAAGAGAGCAGCUAAGCUGUGUACCACCCAUGAGGAUCCAGACUGUCUACUUUCCAUCUAUAUUAGUUUUACUGAGUGAAAUGUGACAAAUGUAUCUCUCAAACUUUCUGUGAUCCUAUGUUUAAUAAUGUAGCUGUGCUUGUCAACAAGUUUCUAAUAAAGUCUUUCAGCAUGUA